CCUCUGUGACAGGAGUUAGUUUAAAUUUCAUAAAAUUUCUUUGGACGUAGAAAUCCAAAUUUGGUCUGGAAGCAUGUGGGUUUCUGUCACUUACAGUGAUUCAGUCCUGCCCUGCGAGGAUCUGUUAACUGUGGUUUUUGAACAUGAAAGCGGGGUGCAGACAGCUGGGAUGGUCGCCCAUGUCACCUGCUGUCGGCACACGGCCAUUCCCGGGGGGGCCCUCAUCCUGCGCCUUUCAGAGUCCUCGGAGCCUGCUUUCUGCCCCUUCCCUCUAAGUGUGCUGCCCCAAGCCAGAAUUUGGGGUGGGGGUUAUGAAGACAUUCAGAUGGGCAGUAGUGAUUUAUAAAUGGGUCUGGGACAUCAGAAGUUGGUGUCCCACAGGGGUAUGUUGGGGCUCGUGUUGGUUGAGAGGGGGCCCUUUUUGGGUUUUUCUGUGGCACCAGAUUGCAGAGGUCAGAACACCACUGACCACAAUAUGUGGGGUUGGGCUAAAGAAUCUCUGGGGCUCAUAGACUGGCCUUGUGAGCUCAGGGUGGGUAGCAGGGUCUUUGGGAUUUCUACCACUUUCCAUGUUGGGUGCCUCUCCGGACCUCAACAUGCUCAUGGUGCAGCACCAGCACACGACCCCAGGUUCUGUUUCAGUCCGCUCAGUCCUCUGACCCCAAACUCCUGACUCCAAGAGGCUUUCAGACCCAUGGCCCACACAUCCAGGUGUUCUCUCUCUGGGUUCUCGUAGACAUCUUGGACUCCGUGUCUCCCAGCUGAUAAACCCUAUGCCCUCACUCCCCAGCCACGGGGUAACCUCUGCUGCCUGCCUGCCUGCCUCCCCUCCCCACCUCCCCUCCCCACACCAUGGUCCCAAGACGUGCCUUAUUUCUUCCUUGCCCCGGGCCUUCAAAGACCCCAGGCUUGGAGUGAGAGCGGCCCGUGUGGCUGUCUCUCAGCCUCACUGUGCUCUGUCCUGUGCACAUGGGAGCCCCUGUGCUCCACAUGUUAGCUUUGCCUGUCCACCCACGUCACCCUGCACCUGGACCCCCCUCGAUCUGGCCUUGGUGAGGCACCUGCCCCCAGUACACAGGUGGUAUUUCAGCUUCACGGAGGCCAGACAGCAGACCCCGAGAGGCCUGUUCUCUCACUGUGUUCUCCGCCACAGAGGGAACUGUAAAUGUGUCAGGAGUUCUGUACCCCCGAUUCAGGGAAGGGAAAGAAAGGUAUGCAGAAUUUUGCAAAGAAAAGGUCUCAUUGAGGAUGGGUAAGGGUCUCCUCUUCCAUCGGUGCAAGGAAGGGCUGUUGCGCUGAUGCAAAUAGUGUGGGGAAGACAAACAGUGCAUGGUACAGAUGCACAGGUGUGUGCUACUCAGGUAUGGUGCGGAUAUCGCGUUUGGCGCAGGUGUACUCAGGUGCGAUACAGGCAAAUUCAGGUGCGUGGUACAGAAGCACUCGUCUGCGGUACAGACGCUCUCAGGUGUGUGCUAUAGAUGCUCUCGGGUGUUUGGCCCGAUGGACUCAGUCAGGUGUGUGGUACAGAAACAGAUGUGGCCCCAGCCCUCCCAGUGGGAGGCAAGGGUUUGGUCAGCGGAGGCACAUUGAGGAGUGGGCAGUUUGGGAGGUGGUGGUCACCGGGGACUUGGGUGGCCAGUCAAGGCUUUGGUGCGUUGGGGGUGGUGGUGGGUAUGUGGCUGUGUUUCCAGAAGGCCUAGAGGCAGUGGGGCUUAAGGGGCCGGAGGGUCUGCUGGGGAGUCCAGGCUACUUGAAGGGAGCAGAUGGUCCUGAGGGCCCCAGCCCUGCCCAGGCCGCCCCAUCAGGGUGUGCGGAAACUCCCUUCGAUGCGCUGCACCCACCUGGUUCCCUGCGCCGGGAGCCAAACCCAGCUCCGAGAGCCGUCAUUCGGCCACACGGGGGCAGUGCAGUCACGCCAGGCAGGGACGCCUGCCCUGGAUGCCUCGUCCACAGCAUGACCCAUCGCGUGCCCAAGGACACGCCAGCACAGAAUUAACAGAAGCAGCAGAGAAACUGGAGUGAGUGGGGCUUAAAGUCUGAGGGCAGCAACACCUGUCCUGGAAAGUUGUGAACAAAGACUUAGGCAGCUUUUCACUUACUACUUUGCUUAAGCUGUGCCCUGGGUCCACUUAGACAUGGGUGUUUGGGAUGGGCAGGCAGAGCUCCCCUGGGGAAGACGGCCUCCGUGAGGCCAGGUCAGCUGCCACAGCCGCCCGCAAUACCUGAUCACUUGUCCUCUGUCCCCAUGUGCCCUCCUCCCUCACCUCCCAUCCCUUAUUCCCUGUCCCCAGCCUGCACUCCCCCGUUCCCCCUUCCCUGGGCUCUUGAUCACCUACUCUCACAUACUCCCUCUCUUGCCAUUUGAAUGGUGUGUUGAUGACCCAGCUCUUGACUUGACUUACAGGAAGACGAAGAACCUGCUGGAGACACCGGAUUCUCAGCCAGCUUUAGCCUUGGGUUCUUUGUGAAGAAAAUAAUCCCGGAAUGGUCAGAAAGGCCUGACUUGUGGCCACGGCUAUGGUCACACUAAAGUUAACCUAGCCAACUGGGAGAGCCACUUGUGUCAGUCCAGAGGAGCCUGGUCAAGGAGGAAAGCAGGGCCAGAAAUGAUGAUUCCACCAGGGGAGUGCAUGUAUGCUGGAAGGAAAAGAAGGAAGCCCAUUCAGAAACAGAGGCCGGCCACGGGGGCUGAGAAGUCAAACCCGUCCAAGCGGCACCGGGACCGCCUCAACGCCGAGCUGGACCACCUGGCCAGCCUGCUUCCGCUUCCUCCUGACAUCGUGUCUAAGCUGGACAAGCUUUCCGUCCUGCGUCUCAGCGUCAGCUACCUCAGGGUGAAGAGCUUCUUUGAAGCCGUGCAGAAGUGCCCACGGCAGCCAGCGGCUGGUACCCCCUCACCAGAAGACAGUGGUCUGAACGGAGGGUCCACCGUGCUGGAGGGAAGGCUGCUGCUGGAGUCUCUCGAUGGCUUUGCCCUGGUCGUGAGUGCGGAAGGCAUGAUAUUUUACGCGUCAGCAACGAUCGUGGACUAUCUGGGCUUCCACCAGACGGACGUGAUGCACCAGAACAUCUAUGACUAUAUCCACGUGGACGACCGCCAGGACUUCUGCCGGCAGCUGCACUGGGCCAUGGACCCUCCCCAGGCGGUGUUUGGGCAGCCCCUGCACUCAGACACAGAGGACGCGGUGCUGGGGCGGCUGCUCCGGGCGCAGGAGGCGGACUUCUCGGCCUUCCUGACGCGCUGCUUCGUGUGCCGCGUGCGCUGCUUGCUGGACAGCACCUCGGGCUUCUUGACAAUGCAGUUUCAAGGAAAACUAAAAUUCCUGUUUGGACAGAAGAGGAAGACUCCAUCAGGGACAGUCCUGCCCCCUCGGCUGUCACUGUUCUGCAUCGUGGUGCCCGUCCUCCUUCCUUCCGUGGCGGAGAUGAAAAUGAAGAGUGCGUUUCUGAGAGUGAAGCACAGGGUGGACGUCUCAGGCUCAGUGGACGCAAAAGCAAAAGCUGCCUCGAGUCUGUGUGACCCAGCAUCGCAUGGAAAACCCCACUGCCUGGCAGGGAGGGGCGUUGGAGAAAACAUUUUAGCGCUCAAGGCACAAGCGGAUGCAGGCUGCUGGGCCCGGGUUCCAGCCAGAGCCCCAUGUCCCUGCCUCAGGAGCAGCCCGGACCUCGUUUCUGACCCCGAGGGGGCCGCCGGGGACAGGGGAGGAGAGGAGCACGGGGGGGUGCCUGGCAGCACUCCCGGAGCCAGGGGGCGGAGGGAAAGACCUGCGUAUAGUUGCUGCUUUGAGGCGCCUGGACCCGUGAGGCACCUGAACUGGAUGACAGGGAAACAUGGUCCAGAUGGUGGCACCAACGUGAAGCUGGGACCCAGUAAGAGCGACCCGUUCUCCACACACACCGUGUCCCGCGGCUCCUGCGUGUCCUGCCCCGGUGUUCAGGGCACUGUCCACAGCAGUGGGGUUACUGCUUUCCGGAAUUCACCCGGCUGUCACCCAGGAAGCCACUCUCCCAGUGCCUAUGCCAGCCGCACGAGCAGAGCCUUGCAGGACGGCUGCAAGGGACCCCCUCUGCCCAGCUGCCCCUUUCCCCAGGGGAGCCUGGACAACGGGCUCCCUCCGCCCGGAGGGCAGCGUCUCGCAAGGGGGGGCUAUUCCACCGAGGACGCCAAGUUUCGAGGGGGGCCGGUGCCCGCGGGAGCCCCGUGCAACCCCGUGCUGUCACUUGAUGUGCCCGUCAAGCUGGAGAACGACUCUGGGUCUGAGGACGCGGCAGACGGCUACCUCGUGUCCCCAGGCCAGGUGUGGCCGGGAGCCGGUGGUGUGGCCAAGAGACAGCUGGUCACUUUCCCUACCAGGAUACACCUGAAGACGGAGUCAGACUCCAGACCCCACCUGUAUGCUCCGCACCUGGGGCACAGCAUGCUGGGGGCUCACCUGAGCGGCAGGGCUCCACUCAGACCCGGCGAGGAGCCGGCGCCCUCCCGCCCCGCACGCUGUGCCUGCCCGCAGCAUGUGCAUGGCCUUCCCGAGCCAGAUCCUCCCCGCCACCUCCGUGCACACGGUCACCAGCCCCCUACACUGGGCCGUGACUGCAGAGCUCCCGGCACCACACCCGUUGUCAAGCGCGAGCCCCUGGACUCACCCCCAUGGGCAAGCCACAGCCAGGGUGGGGUGCCCGGCAUGUUCCCCAGAAGUGCCUUGCCGACACUGAUGCCCCCCAAAGCCCCCGAGUGUGCUUUCCUGCCGUAGGGUGGGUGUUUCUAAGAGCUAGCCUCUUCCGCACGCCCAGACUUACCCUCAGCUGCGAUGGCAGGUGGGGGGUCGGAGCCGUUCUGCGAAGCUGCACGAGUCCAGGCCUCCUUAGGUGUGGGCAGCGUGUGCAAUAGCAUAUUGCGUACUUUGUAAAAUGUCACGCAAGUCCUUCAAUGCCAAGUGGUGUUAAGUCUGUUCACAAUUUUCCAGAAAGUGGCCAGAGUGAGACGUGUCAGCCUGGCAGGGCACACCCCUCUCUCCAGGACGCAGUGGGCACCUGGCCAGUCACGCGGUGUGGUCUCCCGCGAUCCCCAUGCUCACCUCCCAGCUCCGCCUGCGCCGUGGAGGCGGGUCGACGCCUCCACGGAGUGGACUGAAGAGAGCAGCCACACCCUGGGUACAAAUUAGGGAUAUAAUCUUUUGAGCCACAGGUGACCAUGCCCCCAUUCACGGAAGGAAUCUGGAAGGUUCCAGGCAAAAGAGCCUGUCUGCACCAGGUCCUGCCCUCACUACUACACGUAGCACGUGCUCCUCGACCUCACGGUGGAGGUUGAGGCCACACCCAGAGUGGAAAUUGACAGGAUGAUAUCCUGUUCCUUCUGGAAGUCUCUGGAAUUUUUAAUGGGCCUCUGAAGAUGGUUUAUGCUAAUCUGUCUCCAGUACAUUGUGUAAUUUCGAGUUUACUCUGGGUUUGGAAGCAGAGAGAAGGACAAAACGUAGAGAAAAGAGGUAAAAAAAAAAGUCAAGUUGUCCAUGGAGGCUGUGUUGCUGGCUGUAUACAGGUUUUCAAAUGGGGAUUCCAACCACCACCUCAGGAA